AUGGGCAUCAUCGGCCGCGUGCUCAAAUUGACAACCUACGGCGGCGUCGCCACCCUCGGCGCACACUUCGUAUGGACUCGCAACAGCACCGUCGAGCCUCUCCCGGCCACAGACUACCUCUUUACGUCACCGUCGUUCAAGAAGUUUAACCCGAAUCAGAACGCCGUGUUGAGCGACGUUUGUGUACGGAGAGUGCCCUUGUCGCAUAUCGAUCCCCUGCUGCUCGAAAAGAAAGGCAAACUGGCCGAGGCGUUUUGUGCGGGUGUGUGGGGAGGUCUGGGAUACGCUUUCCAACGCCAAUAUCUUGCCAAAAAAUAUCAGGGCCCCUCUACGGCUCACCAACUCUGGUCAACCCAUUCGCUGCUGACAUCAACUUAUGAAGUCGGCACUGAAAUCACCGAUCAUUUCCAGGUACUCGAGAAGACUGAAAAUAGGAUUGUGGUACGCUGCGGUGAUUCGCCCUUGAAACGCGAUGUUCGGGAAUCCGAUGGACUUUUUGAAAUGUCAGUUGACGUCAAGAAAGAAGAAGGCGUCGCCGUUUUUCACUUGAAGUCUAUCUUUUACAAUGGCCUUUCCGGUACAAAGGAAGGCACAGUCAUGCCGUAUCACAUAGAGUUGCUGCAUCGGGAAUAUGCCAAAAUAUGGAUGGAAAGUGCGCUGCGCAAUGUCUAUGCUUAG